AUGAGUUGGAGGUUCAAUGUCUUUCUCUGUCUUUCAUUUCUUGCCCUAACCACUAAGACUUUAGCCGCCAUAACAAAACCUCAAAAAUUAGGUACUAGACUCAUUCACUAUGACUCUAUUUACUCUCCAUACUACAACUCUACUGCAACCGCUGCAGACCGUUUCAGACUUGCAGUACACAAGUCUAGGAAACGUCUAGCCUACUUACAAGCAAGAGCAUCUUUUUCCGCUAGCGAUGAUGAUGCUCGAGCAGGCUUGGUUGCAGAUGAGAAUGGAGUUCAAUUCAUGGCCAAUUUCUCCAUCGGAAUGCCUCCGGUUCCACAGCUGCUGACAAUGGACACAGGAAGCGAUCUUUUGUGGGUUCAAUGCAAACCUUGCACAAAAUGUUUUGAACAGUCCAGUCCAGUUUUUGAUCCUUCAAAAUCCUCUACAUAUGCAAACUUGCCAUGUAACUCACCUUCAUGUUCUAUUUCUUCUAGUGACAAGUGUGACCCUUUGAACAAUUGCAAGUUCUCUCUCGGGUACCUAGAUGGAACAAAAGUGGCUGGAAUUAUGGGGACUGAGAAGCUCACUUUUGAGACCAAUGAUGAGGGUGAAACAACAAUUAAUGAUGUGGUUUUUGGGUGCGGACAUGACAAUGAUGUUAACAAUGGACAACCUAGUGGAGUACUUGGUUUAGGGCCUGAUAGUAUUUCAUUGGUUUCGAAAUUGGGCUCUAAAUUUUCUUACUGUGUUGGUAGCAUAAGGGACCCUAAGUAUAGUUUUAACCAAUUAAAUCUAGGAGAUGGAGUCAUAAUAGAAGGUGAUUCAACUCCACUAGAAUUGUUCCAUACUUUGUAUUAUGUUACACUUGAAGGAAUUAGUGUAGCAGAAAAUAUGCUCAAAAUUGAUCCUCGAGUCUUCAAGAGGACGUAUUACGGUAACGGCGGAGUUGUUAUUGAUUCAGGAUCAACAGUCACUUUCCUUGCUACUCUUGCAUAUGAUUCAUUAAGUGACCAAGUGAAGAGUUUGCUAGAUGGGAAGCUGGAACGCGUUACCGAUACUGGUGAUCCAAAGACAUUAUGCUACAAGGGAGACAUUGAAAGGGAUCUCUCAGGGUUUCCGGUGGUUACAUUUCACUUUGCGGGAGGAGCUGAGUUAGGGUUAGAUAUUGGAAGCCUGUUUGUAAAGAAUGAUGCAGGUGGAUUUUGCAUGGCUGUGCGAGAAUCUGAUCAUAAUGGUUUGAAUGUUAUUGGAAUUAUGGCUCAACAAAGCUAUAAUAUUGCUUUUGACCUUAUUGGAAAGACAGUUUCUUUCCAGAGGAUUGACUGUGAACUUCUUGAAUCGUAA